AUGUCAUCAUCUGAUUCAAAUAUUGUGCUUGCAAAACAACAACCAUCAUCUGCAAGCCCACAACCCUCAAUCCAUCAUUCCUCAAUAUCACACCUUUUGGAAGAUGAGCAAACAUACAAGGAACAAUUCAUUUCAAUUAUAAAGCAGGGCUCUCCAGCUCUUUUGGAGAGUGAGAAGGAAUGUUUGGCAAUUCUCGGAACCUGCCCAAAAUCAAACACCAAAGUUGCCUUUUGGUAUGGAAAAUAUGGUGGUCCUUUUACUUGGAAAUUUAAUGGAGUACCUGUUGAUGAUUUGGAUCUGGUGUGCAGGAUGCAUGAUCAGAGACUUCAUUUGAAGUAUGUUAAAAAGUUGGUAAAUCUUAUUAGACAACAUUAUGGUGAUGAUAAAUUAAGUAAGGAUGCCCUGAGUUAUAUUAAAAAGAUGGAUGGUCGAGGAUUUGAAAUAAUUGAACCUAUUUACAUGACAUUUUUUGGUAGUUUUUAA